AUGCAGAUUUUUGUGAAGACCCUGACAGGGAAGACCAUCACCCUUGAGGUCAAACUGUCCAAUACUAUUGUAAAUGUCAAGGCGAAGAUACAAGAUAAGGAAGGUAUUCCCCCUGGUCAACAAAGGUUAAUUUUUGCUGUCAAGCAACUGGAAGAUGGACGAACUUUAUCUGACGACAACAUUCUGAAGGAGUCUAUGCUUCAUCUUGUUCUGAGACUUAAGGGUAGUGCCAAGAAGAGAAAGAAGAAGUCUUACACCACUCCCAAAAAUAACAAGCAUAAGAGAAAGAAGACUAAACUUGCUGUUCUGAAGUACUAUAAGGCUGAUGAGAAUGGCGAGAUCAGCCGCCUUCAACGAGAGUGCCUUUCUUAUGAAUGUGGUGCUGGAGUCUUUAGGCAAGCCAUUUUGACAGACAUUAUUGUGGCAAGUGUUGUCUAA